GGAAGUGCCGGCUGGCUGACAGAGCAGUGGGUGGUUAGAGCGCUGCAACUGGAGGGUUACUCUUCUGGGACCUGGGCGUCCGCUAGAGGUCUGAGGGGGGUUGGGGACGGGGUUCAGAAGGGUGCUGAGAGGCGGAAUGAUGGAGGAAGAGGAACUGGAGUUCGUGGAGGAACUGGAAGCCGUGCUGCAGCUCACGCCUGAGGUGCAGCUAGCCAUCGAGCAGGUGUUUCCAAGCCAGGAUCCUUUAGAUCGAGCAGAUUUCAAUGCUGUUGAAUAUAUCAAUACCCUGUUCCCAACGGAACAAUCUCUGGCAAAUAUAGAUGAAGUUGUGAACAAAAUUAGACUGAAAAUAAGGAGACUGGAUGACAAUAUUCGAACAGUUGUAAGAGGUCAGACAAAUGUUGGGCAGGAUGGAAGGCAAGCACUUGAAGAGGCCCAGAAAGCUAUUCAACAACUCUUCGGCAAAAUCAAAGAUAUCAAAGACAAAGCAGAAAAAUCAGAACAAAUGGUCAAAGAAAUCACCCGUGAUAUCAAGCAAUUAGAUCAUGCCAAACGCCACCUGACCACCUCAAUCACGACGCUAAACCACCUGCACAUGUUGGCAGGUGGUGUGGAUUCCCUCGAAGCCAUGACCAGGCGCAGACAGUAUGGAGAAGUUGCUAAUCUUCUUCAGGGUGUAAUGAAUGUUCUGGAACACUUCCACAAGUAUAUGGGGAUUCCACAGAUCCGGCAGCUUUCUGAAAGAGUGAAGGCUGCGCAAACGGAGCUAGGACAGCAAAUCCUGGCAGAUUUCGAAGAGGCAUUUCCUUCCCAGGGUACCAAGAGACCAGGAGGACCCAGUAAUGUUCUGCGAGAUGCAUGUCUGGUUGCUAAUAUUUUGGACCCCAAAAUCAAGCAAGAAAUCAUUAAGAAGUUUAUUAAACAACAUCUGUCAGAGUAUCUAGUACUUUUUCAAGAAAAUCAAGAUGUUGCCUGGCUAGACAAAAUUGAUAGACGAUACGCCUGGGUAAAACGCCAGCUUGUGGACUAUGAAGAGAAAUAUGGCCGAAUGUUUCCACGGGAAUGGUAUAUGACUGAGAGGAUUGCAGUAGAAUUCUGCCAUGUGACAAGGGCAGAACUUGCCAAAAUCAUGCGUGCCAGAGCUAAGGAAAUUGAGGUGAAAUUACUUCUUUUUGCUAUUCAGAGAACGACUAACUUUGAAGGGUUUCUUGCAAAACGCUUCUCCGGCUGCACCCUGACAGAUGGAACCCUGAAAAAGCUCGAGUCUCCACCACCAUCUACCAACCCCUUCCUGGAAGAUGAGUCAGCACCAGAGAUGGAGGAGCUGGCAAUCGAGAAGGGAGAGUUAGAUCAACCAAAGAAGCCUAAAGUCCCAGACAACCCAUUUCAUGGCAUUGUUUCCAAGUGUUUUGAGCCUCAUCUGUAUGUGUAUAUUGAGUCCCAGGAUAAAAACCUUGGAGAGCUGAUUGAUAGGUUUGUGGCCGAUUUCAAAGCCCAGGGGCCACCUAAGCCCAACACUGAUGAGGGGGGCGCUGUGCUCCCCAGCUGUGCUGACCUCUUCGUCUACUACAAGAAGUGCAUGGUACAGUGCUCACAGCUCAGUACCGGGGAGCCAAUGAUUGCCCUGACAACCAUUUUCCAGAAGUACCUCCGAGAAUACGCCUGGAAAAUCCUCUCUGGCAACCUGCCCAAAACCACAACCAGCAGUGGAGGGUUGACCAUCAGCAGUCUUCUCAAGGAAAAGGAGGGCUCAGAAGUGGCCAAAUUCACUCUCGAGGAGCUCUGCCUCAUCUGCAGCAUACUGAGCACAGCAGAAUACUGUUUGGCCACCACCCAGCAGUUAGAAGAAAAACUCAAAGAAAAAGUUGAUGUAAGUCUGACUGAACGAAUCAAUCUCACGGGAGAAAUGGACACAUUCAGCACUGUCAUCUCCAGCAGUAUUCAGUUGCUGGUUCAGGAUCUAGAUGCAGCCUGUGAUCCUGCCUUGACUGCCAUGAGCAAGAUGCAGUGGCAGAAUGUGGAACAUGUUGGUGACCAGAGCCCCUAUGUCACUUCUGUCAUUCUUCACAUUAAGCAGAAUGUCCCCAUCAUCCGUGACAACCUGGCUUCCACACGGAAAUACUUCACUCAAUUCUGCAUCAAAUUUGCAAACUCCUUCAUUCCUAAAUUCAUCACCCACCUCUUCAAGUGCAAGCCAAUUAGCAUGGUGGGAGCAGAACAGCUGCUACUGGACACCCACUCCCUGAAGAUGGUCCUGCUCGACCUCCCUUCCAUUGGCUCACAGGUGGUGAGGAAGGCACCUGCCAGUUACACUAAGAUUGUCGUGAAAGGCAUGACCCGGGCUGAGAUGAUCCUCAAGGUAGUGAUGGCCCCCCAUGAGCCAUUGGUGGUGUUUGUGGACAACUACAUCAAACUCCUUACGGACUGUAACACAGAAACCUUCCAGAAGAUACUGGACAUGAAGGGGCUGAAGAGAAGUGAGCAGAGCAACAUGCUGGAACUCCUGCGCCAGAGACUUCCCACCCCGCCCUCAGGGGCAGAUGGCUCCAGCUCUCUGUCCCUGAUGGCUCCUACACCAGAGCAGGAAUCAUCUCGCAUCCGCAAACUUGAGAAACUAAUUAAGAAGAGACUUUAGGAGCACAUGAGGGACACCGAACCCAGUUCUUGGAAGCCCCAAGUACCCCUGUACCCCUCCCCUACUCAGUGACUCUUAUAUCCUCAGUCAUGAGUUUUGGGGACAUUGAGGUUGCUACUGUGUCUCUCCCAUGCCCUGUCUGAACUCCUGUCCCAGUGGGAGAAGCUGAGUAACGGCUGGGUUAUAUAAAGGCAGUUUAGAUUAUCUCUCAUUGCUGCCAAGGAGGCAGCAUUGGGUGAAAGGCCCCUGUGGUUCAGUUGCUGUUUCCAGGCUGCCCUUGAAGGUCAAGUUGUCAUUGGCUCUUGUAGCCUCACCGUGGCAGCCAUACCCUCCAACACCUGGGCCCUACUCCCUGCCACAUGCCUGUCCAGCAACUUGGAUGAGGAAGCCUGGAUCUUGCUCCUUCCCCCUUCUGCAACUAUUGGAGGUCACCUCUGCAGCCAGAACGCUGAGAAUGUUCCUGGAAUUGGUUGAGUGAAUGGACUGCCAGAUCACAGGGUUUAGUACUACCCUUUAUGAAGACAGUGGAAGCAUGUGCACUUUUCCAUGUAAAUCACAGUUUCCUGGUACCUUCUAAUUGACAUGGCCAAGUUUCCUGUGCUCUCAUUUCUUUUUACUCUCCAAAGGAGAAAGGCCCUCUGUGUCUGUCACUCUGGAGGACUGUAUGAACCAAGCCUUGGAAGCAGACCAGGCUGGGGCUGCUGACCUGGCGAGGAGACAGUCCCAGAUCUGACAGAGGGUUCUGGGGCUUGGGGUGUUGCUCAGUGGUAGAACGCUUGCCUGGCAUGUGCAAGAUCUGGGGCACCGAACCCUGUAAAAAAUAACAAGUGGGUCUUGCUUGGCACAGUCACUGUGUUAUGUGAGAUUAUUUUCUCCAUUUCUUUAUUCUCACUCUGUUCCUAACUUCUUGGGAAGCAGUUGACUUCUGUAUAGGAAAACCAGGAAGUUCUCUUGGAAAACCUUUCCUAGUUUUUUCCUGCAGAUGAACUACGGGAGGGAAUAGAUAGCCUGUACUAUCUGAUGUCCUUCCUGCUCAUUCACUUUCAAAUCCAGAGAACUCUCCAGAGUCACCUGAAACAACAAAGGUGGUGUACAGUGCAUACAUCACAGUAUUAAUGAGAGAGAACCUGGGUCCUUGGAUACCAGGAACACAAGAUUGACCUUACUCGCCAAGCUCAGAACUGGCCUGGCCCAGAACACAGCCUGGGCCCAGACUGCCCUUCAUGUCCACCCACUGGCUCUAAGCAGCAGAACUUUGCAGAAAAUUGCUCUAUAGAGCCACUUCAGUCCCCUGCAUCAUCCUACACACAGAGGACAGGGACCAUACCAGGUAGUUUCCCUAAUUCUCUUAUACUAUUCCACACUGUUUCCCUCCCUCCCUCCUCCCCUCUGACCCUGUCCAUUAGUUCCAGGUUUGAAACCCCACCUCCGCCCUGUGCUGGAGAUGGAACCCAAGGCCUCAGGCAUGCUGGGUGAGGCAUGUUCUAUCACUAAGCCACACCCCCAGCUACAGAGCUUCAUUUCUUCAUUAGCUUCCAGCCUGUCCUUGCUAAUUAGUAGAAGUAUUGAAAACACUAAGAAGAAAAUCAGUAGUGAAGAGAUAUGGCCUUUAGUUGAGCUCUGUUAGGAGAAGAUUCAAGAUUAGAGAAGGGCAGGAGGAGUGGGGAGGGGGUUGGGAGGCUCAGUCUAAGAGGGAUUCCUCUGUGCUAUCGUGUUGCUUUGGUAAGGUUAUAUGCACUAAUUGAAAGAAGGGGUGGUGGGCCAGUCUCCAAACAGCACAGCCAAUUCAGCCAUCUGUCAUUGACCUAGGGAGGCUGGGAAAGCCAGUGGACUCCUGCACCUGGUUCUUGUCACUCUUCAGUGUUUACAGAUCCACACUUCUCUUUUUAGUUCAUUCAUGAGGAGUCAUUUUUCUGGACAUCUCUAUAAUGGCAUUGAGAUGUCAGACUGCUGUUUUUCCCAGUUGGUGGUCACCGCCAGGGAAGUUGCUUUCCUGAUUUAUUACAUUGUCAGUAAUCCCCAAGGAGCCAACAGAUGUCAGUUGGAGUUAUGUUCAGUGUCUCAUUGAUGGGGACUGAAUACCGGGUGUGCAUCCUGGAGAGACAGCAUGUUUCUCACCUGGGGGUAUGCAUCAGAAUCACCUGGGGCCCUUUUAAAAAAUUGUAGAUGCCUGGAGAUUUUGACUCAGUAAGUCUGCAGUGGGGCCUGGCGUGUAGGCUUAAAAGCUCCAUAGGUGAUUACAUUUGUCUGUCAGUAUCCACGGAGGAUUGGUUCCAGAACCCCCUCCCUGUACUCCAGUGGAUAUCAAAAUCUGCAGAUGCUUGAGUCCCCUCAUAUAACUGGCAUAGCAUUUGCCUACACUUUAAACACAUCUUCCUGUAUAAUUUAAAUCAUCUCUUGGACCUCUUAUAAUACCUAACUUGGUAGAAAUACUACACAAAUAGUUGUUGUACUGUGUUAUUUAAAGAUCUGUACUUAUUCCAUGUAGGCACAGUUUAAGUGUUGUUUUUUGUUUGUUUGUUUUCCAAAUACUUUUGAUUGAAUCCACGGUUGUGUAUCCACAGAUAUAGAUGACUGACUGUGUGAGGUUUAUUCUUUGCUAAGAACCAUUGCAAUACAGAGAAAUUUACUUUAUUAGAGGGUUCCUGUAGCCCGUUUUCAUAAAUGUAUAUUUUUCUGGUU